AUGAUGAAGACCUACACGCUAACAUUCACCGGCGACGUAAUGCUCGCCCGCAUAAUUGACCAACUUUACCAAACACACAUCCACGAUCCAUCCACCGCCGCCAUCGCAGAUCACUUUAAAGAAAUAUUCCCAACCCUAUCAACCGGAACUUACACCCCCUCCUCACCAUGGGGCACAGCCCUCCCACUCCUCCGUACCUCAGACCUAACACUCAUAAAUCUCGAAACAGCCGCAACGACAUCCCCUGACCCCUGUCCUGAUAAAGUAUUCAAUUACCGCAUGCAUCCUGUCAAUCUGGCGCCUAUCCUGCAUGCUGCAAGGGUCGGGUAUGUUGGGUUGGCGAAUAAUCAUACGCUUGAUUUUGGGGUUGAGGGGUUACUUGAGACUGUUAGGACUGUAAGAAGGACUGGAAUUCCUUUUGCGGGGGGUGGGGAGAGUGAUGAGGAGGCGUGUAGACCUGCUGUUUUGAAAUUGGGGGAGGAAGGGAGUGCGUAUGAGGUGCUUGUCUAUGCGGCAGCUGAUCAUCCGAGUGAGUGGAGCGGUGUGGGGGGGUUUCAUUUUAUUGAUUAUACGUUUGAGACGAGGAGCAGGUUGAAAGAGCUUUUGAUGUCUGGUAGUGCGAGAUCAAAGCCGUCGUUGAAGGUUUUCUCGGUUCAUUGGGGUCCGAACUAUAAAUGGAAUCCUGGGGAGAAGAUUAGAGAGUUGGCUCAUUUCUUAAUCGAUGAGUGCGAGGUUGAUAUUGUACAUGGUCAUUCGUCGCAUCAUGUUCAGGGGGUCGAGUUAUAUCGUGGGAAAUUGAUUAUUUACGGGUGUGGGGAUUUUGUGGAUGAUUAUGCUUUGCGUGAUGAGUAUAGAAAUGAUCUUGGGGCCGUGUGGAGGGUUCUUGUUAAAGAGAAAGAUAUGGAGAAUGGGAAGAAGAGGCUGUUGCUUGAUCAGUUGGAGGUUUUCCCUACGCGCAUUGAGAGGUUUCGGGCGAUGUUGCUUGGGGUUGAUGAUGGGGAUCAUGAGUGGGUGAGAAGGAAAAUCGGAGCGCUUAGUCUGGAGUUGGGAACUCUGGUAUGUGAGAAGAUUGGUAGUGAAGAUCAGAUUGUUGUUGAUAUUAAUCAGUGA